AUGGCAUCGUCCAUCUCAGACUAUAAACAUACCCAAAGCAGCAAAAGAGAGCUGUCGCCUUCAAGUUCUUCCAUCACCUCGAUUACAAAAAAGACCCGUUUAGAUACCCUAUUUGACACAUCCACGCAAGAAGAACAGGUGUCUGACUUGGUGAUUGGCGACGACUAUCAGCCAUCCAUAGGUGCACAAACUCCCACAUUCGAGAACAGAAUGGGAUCCUUCGUAGAGCCCGGCAGUGGUGGUUAUGAUCGCACACCCACAAUAGAUGUUCAAGCACACACGGCAACGACCAGUAUGGCGCAUGCCUUGCUCGGCAUUCAAGGUGAUGUACUCGACGACAUUGAUGAAGACGAUGAAGACGACGACGACGAUGAAUACUUUAACGAUGCAAUUGACUUGGACGAAAAGCCCUAUCGAAGGUCGCUUUACAGCGAGCUAGUGACAAGCAGCAAUCUGCCCGAUGACGACGAUCGACGAAAGAGCAAUCUGCUAUCGUCAACACUAUUUGAAAACGAAGACGAAGACGAGGAGGGCACAACAGACUUUGAAAACAAGACAACGCUGCCAUUAAGCAGAUCCUUUGCACAGCGACAGCACCAGACCAGCUUUGAUGAGGAGGUCGACAGACUCUUUUCAAGCCAUAAUCCUGCAGACGAGCCUGAAUUCGUAUUAUCCUCAGCAGCCAAAUUGAGCAUUUUGCAGCAGCAGCAUCAGCACGGCCCAUUAUGGCACACAGACAAACCACAUUUCUUGACGGAUGAAUACUUCCAGCACCAUGGACCGCAAGAUCGAUCCAUACCAUUGGACGAUAAGACCCCCCACACAGCAUCUAUCGCAUCGUAUUUCGACUCUCAAUUUGAACGACUAGGUGUCAUGGGCUCUGGUGAAUUUGCUCGUGUUCUGAAAGCUCGCUGUACAAUAACAAACCAACUCUACGCCAUCAAAAAGUCAAAGAACUGUUUCAGCGGCUGGGACGAUCGAUGGUUGCAGUUGACUGAAGUAGACCAUCUGAGAAUGGUCAAGGACAGCGACCAUUGCGUCAAGAUGAUCAACGCGUGGGAGGAGAAGGGCUACUUGUAUAUUCAGUUGGAAUUGUGCUCUGGAGGAAGUCUUGACACAUUCAUCGAGUCCAAGAACAGAAGCAUCGUAGAAGACCAAGUAUGGAGCAUAUUCCACAAACUAGUGCUUGGAAUCAACGAUAUACACGCAGCAGACAUUGCACAUUUAGAUUUGAAACCCUCAAAUAUUUUAAUCGACGAUCAAGGCUGUUUGAAGAUUGCAGACUUUGGCAUUUCAGUGCGAACGCCAGUGGACGCUCGAUGGGUGAAGGGCGAGGGAGACAGACGCUACAUGGCUCCGGAUUUACUGAGAGAGAACUUUGACAAGCCAGCAGACAUCUUUAGUUUGGGUUUGAUUUUGUUGGAACUAGCAACAGGAAUUGUGUUACCAGGCACCGGCGAAUCAUGGGAAAUGCUUAGACUGGGUGAUUUCUCCAAACAAAAAGAAGCAUUGUCAAAGCUAUCUCUGGAAAUGAGCGAGAUGAUUGAAUGGCUACUGACAACCGAGGCAAAAGAGAGGCCCACUGCACACGAUAUCAUGCAACAUCCCUCCUUCAUCAAGGUCCAAUCUACCGCUCUGGAAGAAGGCACACUCUUAAGCUACGUACAGGAGCACGCUGAAAUGGCAUCAAACACUCCUUCUCGCUUGUCAAUAGCAGAAGCAAAUGGUUAUUUAAACUAG